ACAGGGUGUUUCCAGCACAAUGCAUAAUCGUAUUUGGCAAAGCUUUAAACUCCUUGGAAAUAUAAUGUUGACGCAAAAGGGUGUCUUCUGUUUUCUGUUUGAGUAACUGCAUAGAUAUGUACAGCAUUAAAAAAAUAAAAAUAAACACGUUAGAAUAAUGACAAACAAAUAAACCGAAUUAGCUCAAUUCUGUUUUCAUGUUGCAUGUGUUAGAAAAAUGAAGUGUUACCAAAUUAACACGCAUAUCGUCGCCAAGAAGAACCCUGAAGAAGUAAAACCAACUCAGACAACAGGUUUUAAAUCUUCUCGACACUUUUGUCGCUGACACAUGCUAAAACUAAUAUGGAUCUUCCGAGGCAGGCUAUCGAAACUAAGAACACUGUAGCUAGGUUUCUGGGGAAUGGUGUGUUGGUCGUUCCAUGGACCUUACAGAUAUGUACUGUAAUUCUGGAACCGCUGAGAUUAAUUCUUCAGAUUGUCUAUCGACUGUGGACAGCUUUACAGGUGUGCAGAUUGGAAAUGUAUUGGGGAGUCCAGCACCUGAGCUAUGCAGAAAGUGAAGGAGAAUCACACAUAUUGCCCCCCACAGUCAAGCGAAACAGAAACAGCGAAGGCCCCAAGUUAAACCAUUUAGCCUUAAGUGACUCAGAGUCACACAUUAUGUACAGCAGUGGCAGAAAGGGCAAGUCAGGCUCAUUUGAGCCAUUGUUUUUCAAUCUUCAAUCCCAACACCUCGGCGAAUGCAAAGCAUUUCUCAUACAAAGAACACAUUUAAUUUGUGAUCCAGACCCCAGCAGCACUGAAGUCUCUGCCCAGUCUCGGUCUAGUUGUGACUCACCCGUUACUGGUCAGGAGGAGACAUUUGGUGAAUUUCCAGUUAAGGAUAGCAAGGAAGCAGAUGGCACAGCAAGCAAUAAUCCAAAGAUGGAGCAACUGGAAAGUCUACUUGAUGACAAAGCAGGUAAAAGGGAGGAUGAUUCGUGGGAUGAAGAUGAAAGCAGCUGUCAGGAGUGGGAUACAAUGGAAAACCAGAAGUUAUGGGAAUGCUUUGUAAAUGCAGCAGACACUUAUAAUCCACUGAACUUUUCAGCAUGUAUUUCAAGCUGCCCUCAGAAGAACCAGCCUCACUCUAAUGAGACUCAUUGUCUUAAAGGUGAGGCAAGGGAGAACUCUUCAUUCAGCAGUGACACUGAAGAAGCGUUUGAAAACAAGAAUUAUUGUUAUAACUUCGGUCAAAACUGCUCGGAAUCUGAAACUGAAACUGAAGAGGAUGACUGGGACAGUUCCAGCAAUUGUAGCGCAAGCGACGAGGAGGAAAAUAAUAAACUGUGGGAAUCUUUUGUGAAUCCCACAGAUCCUUAUAGCCCUUUGCAUUUUACAGCCUGCACUGUGAGCACCAGCACAACACAGAAAUCAUCGGAAUGUUUAAACAAGCACAUGGGGCCGGCGAAGGUGCCAGCGAAAUGCCUGACGUUGUCAAACAGUACAAAAGACAGCAGCUAUGACAGCCAGUCUAUAAAUGAUUAUGAGAGUAAUUCUGAAGGUGAAGGUAAUUGUGAGCAGCAGAACAAAAAACUGUGGGACUCGUUUUUACAAAGUUCCGACCCUUACAAUCUUUUAAAUUUUAGAGCUUGCCUGAAAAGUUGCCCAACUGACAACAAAAGUGAAGGUAAUGGGGUUAGAAAUGAGACAAAAGGAACUGGGCCGGUGAAAACCGCCUCAGUAAAACCAAACUUACCAAAGAGACAUUUUAAGCAUUCCUUUCAGAACAAAAGCAAAGAUAACCAGCAGUUUCUUACCUGGAAGAAGCCUGCCAAGGCAACUGCAAGGCGUACUCAAGAGAAACAGGAGAAAGAAAUUGUGAAAAAGGUUACAUUUUCACCAUUUGUUCAUGUCCAUGUCAUGCAUGCGUGGGACUUUGCAUUCAGAGCAGCUCGGAAAUCUCCCUGGGAAGAAAUGGCACGUGACAGAGCCAGGUUUCAGCGCAGGAUUCAGGAAGCUGAAGAGACAAUAGGCUGCUGCUGGAAUUCUGAUCACAGGGAAAAAAAACAAACUCAGCUGAGUGCUGAAAACAGUGUUGCACCCACAGUUCUGACGUGAUUGGAACCUCUUAAGUUUUGUCUCUGACAUCACACUCCAAUGUGGAAUAUACCAUACUUUAAAAUGCACUGAUAAUUUCAAAUUGUUAUUUACAAAAUACCUUUACAAUUUUUUAUUUUUUAUGAAUAGCUAAUGAUUUUGCUACUUCAUGUAAAUGCAUUUAAAGUCUAAAAUAUACAUUGUA